AUGGGGAGGGACAAGGGAGACAAGAAGAGCUAUGAGCUCAAGACACCCAAAGGUACCAAGGACUGGGAUGGCAAAGACAUGGUCAUUCGCGACCAAAUCUUCAGCAAAAUCACCGAAGUCUUCAAGCGUCACGGCGCGGUCACGAUAGAUACACCGGUGUUUGAGCUCAAGGAGAUCCUCGCCGGCAAGUAUGGCGAAGACAGCAAACUCAUCUACGACCUCGCCGACCAAGGCGGAGAGCUCUGUUCACUCCGCUACGACCUUACCGUACCGUUUGCCCGGUGGCUAGCCAUGAACAGCAGCAUACAGAGCAUCAAGCGUUACCACAUCGCCAAAGUCUACCGUCGAGAUCAACCAGCUAUGACCAAGGGCCGCAUGCGCGAAUUCUACCAAUGCGACUUUGACAUUGCAGGCGUGUACGACCCCAUGCUGCCCGAUGCAGAGAUCAUCCGAAUCACGUGCGAGAUCUUUGAGGCGUUGGAGUGGUCAGGGCGGUAUACCAUCAAAAUCAAUCACCGCAAGAUUCUGGACGGGCUGUUUGAGGUCUGCGGUGUACCAACCGAGAAGCUAAGACCGAUCAGCAGUGCGGUAGACAAACUAGAUAAGAGUCCAUGGUCGGAAGUGAGGAGAGAGAUGACCGAGGAGAAGGGUCUAGAUCCGGAGGUGGCAGACAGGAUAGGUGAGUACGUGGUGUUGAGUGGCGGUAAAGAUCUGCUCGAGCGGUCACAGAAGGACGAGAAGCUCUCGGCUAGAGGUCUGCUUGAGCGAUUACAAAAGGAUGAGAAGCUCUCGGCGAACGCCUCGGCAAAGGCGGGACUAGACGACAUGGAUUUGCUCUUUACGUACCUGGAAACCUUCGAGGUGCUGGACAGGAUCUCCUUCGACCUCUCUCUUGCACGUGGUCUGGAUUACUAUACCGGCGUCAUCUACGAAGUCAUCACCGAAGGUAGCAGACCACAGACGUCCGAAGAGGAGGACCGCUCGAACGACCCAAGCGUUGGUGUUGGCUCGGUGGCUGCUGGCGGCCGAUACGAUGGCCUUGUCUCCAUGUUCUCUGGCAAGAAGGACAAUCUACCUUGUGUUGGCAUCUCCUUCGGUGUGGACCGCAUCUUCAGCAUCACCAAGCAACGCCGCGCAGCCGACACUUCAGCGGCGCCUAUCCGGCUAAAUGAAGUAGAUGUGUUCGUGAUGGCGUUUGGCUCAGGUCUGCUCACUCAACGCAUGCAAGUCGCCAAGCGAUUGUGGGAUGCCGGCAUCAAGGCCGAGUUCAGCUGGAAAGCGAAGCCGAAGCUACCGCAGCAGUUCAAGGCUGCGGAGGUGAACGGUGUACCAUGGAGUGUCAUUCUGGGCGAGGAUGAGUUGGCAAAGGGCCAGUGCAAGAUUAAGCAGAAUGGCUUGUCCGAAGACCAUCCGGAGAAGAAUGGCGUGCUUGUCGAAAUGAAGGACCUGGAAGCUGAGCUGUUCAAGAGGCUUGGAAGGAAGGAGUUGGGCUCAUUGCCGGAAUCAGGCGUCCUGUUGGACGGCGCGAAGAAUGGCAUGAAUGGGCUAUCGCUUGAGGAGGCCGCGCGAGAGGCACCCAAGACAGGCUGA